AAGUUGUAUUUGAGAGAAGGAAACUAGGAAAGAUGGCGCAGAAGCAGAACAAAGAACCAUGUAAGCAAGAGGCCUGCAACAUCCAAGCUUGCCUCUCCAAGAACAAUUUUCUACCCCAGAAGUGUGUCAGAGUCAUCGAGUUGCUACAAUCAUGCUGUGAACAAUGCAAAUACCAGUCGACCCACUGUGCCUCAGUAGCUGCUCUUCUAAAGCAACACAAAUAAGGGCAUAACUGCAUUUUAUUCGAAUGUGACACAUGUUGUACCAGAUUUUGCGUCUGCGCUCUCGGAAGCUAUGAUGUAUAAAAUUGUCUUUGAACACGUAUAUGACCUGAAACUUGUAUCAUUCAGUAUGGUUUAGCAAGUUCAUUCACAAGCUAAGAUGUAUCGAAGGCAUGUUAGAGAAAUAACCCAAGUGCUCGUGACUUGUAACUUGUGAGUAGAGAAUCCACAAAAUAAAAUCCGCAUGUACCAGUUUUACAAUACUGUACUCUUGUGUACAUAGCUCCUAACUGAAGCUUUACUGGACAACAAAAAUUUGUUAAUUACUCUGUUAUAUUAAAUAUUAAAGUAUUGAACUUGUAA